GAGUCAGCUGUAGUUCAUGGGUUGCUAUCCCACGUUGCCUCUCCAGCCGUCUCCUCACCUCAGCUCCUUCUCCUCUACAUAUACAGCAUUUGCCUCCCUCUCCCCCUCUCGACCAAACACCAGCACCUCCAGCUAACUCUCAUUGCCGGCCACGUCCCGGCCCGGCGCCGAUCUCCAGCAAUCCACACGCCGUGAUCGAUUGAUCUCUGCGCGCGGGCAUGGCGGCGAGCGAGCAGAGCUCGGACUCUAAUUCCUCGACGACGACGACAACGUCGUCCUCCUGCUCGGCGUCCUCGUGCUCGCCUCGCAGCACUGCCGACGCCGAUGCCGAUGCCGCAAUCGGCAUCCAGAACAAGCCGCAGACACAGCACGGCGACAACAAGCGGAAGCGAGCGCGCGUUGAGGCAUCGGCAUCGGCAUCGGCGAACUACAGGGGCGUGCGGAUGCGGGCGUGGGGGAAGUGGGUGUCGGAGAUCAGGGAGCCCCGGAAGAAGUCCCGCAUCUGGCUCGGCACCUUCCCGUGCCCGGAGAUGGCGGCGCGCGCGCACGACGCGGCCGCGCUCUGCGUCAAGGGCGCACGCGCCGUGCUCAACUUCCCGGACCUCGCCCACGCGCUCCCGCGCCCGGCAUCCCUCGCCCCGCGCGACGUCCAGGCCGCCGCAGCCCGCGCCGCCCUCAUGCACCCGGAGCGCGCCGAGGAAGGCGCCAUUGAUGACGACGACGCUCCUCUGGCCGGCGGUGGCGAGCCGUCGCCGUCGCCGUCGCCGGAGACGAAGGAGAACGAGCCGAGCCGGGGGAGCGAGGAGACAGCCGAAGCCGAAGCCGAGGCGCAGGAGCUGGUGUUCGACGAGCUGGCGCCGCUGUGGGUGGAGGACGUGGUGGACUUCGCGCCGUCGGAUCACUGCUGGACGGCGGCCUACGACGCGCUCGGGCUCGACCCGGUCGGCUUCCAGCCUCUCCUCUGGGAGUACUAGGCUUGUUUGUUUCUUGCGCAAGACCUAUUAUUUGUUUGUUUUUUUCCAAUCUUUGUGUGGGUUUCCUAGUGCUGCUUAAGCUUAACGUGGCACUUCUUCUUCUUUGGUUGUGUUGGAUUGGACUUGUAAUUAAGUUGAUAUUUGUGAGCAAUUUAGUUUAGAUGUGAGGUUGAGUCCGGACAAAGAGAUCUCUAAUGAACAUGUGCAUUAUGAGGUUUUAGGUACCGUAAAAAUGAUGGUAAACUUUUUUUUUAUGGGUGAAAGGAAACGGCCACAGAGUUCUGCUGACUUUGCAAUGCGAUGUUGUUUUCAGAACGAAACCCGCCAAACCAAUUCAGAUAUGUAAUCGCUCGAUUAUGACAUUCGAAUGAUGACAGCUGGUUUUGCA